AUGAGUUGGUUUUUCACGAAGUUGAGAGAAGUAAUUGGGGAUGUCGAAAACCUUGCAUUCGUAACCGAUCGAGGGCAGUCAAUAAUAAAUGGUAUCACCGAAGUCUUCCCCGAGGCACAUCAUAGUUAUUGUAUGUAUCAUAUACAGGGAAAUCUGAAGACCAAGUAUCGAGGCAAGGGCAUUGUUGCGUUGUUUAGUAGAGCUGCAGAGGCUUACAGUUUUGAAGAGUUUGAAAAGUUUAUAGUCGAAAUAGACAAGUCGCUUAACGCUUUAUUCAAGACAGAUCGAAAGUUACCAAUUCUCUCAAUGAUUGAGAACAUUCAUGACAAGUUACAACAGUUGUUUCAUGAUCGAUGUGAGGAGUCACAGAGUUGUACAAGUGUGCUAACCCCGGUUCAGGAAGAUAAACUCUUCAAAACUCUAGAUGUGGCGAGAUAUGUAUAUGUAGAACCACUUGAUCAAUUUCACUUCUCCGUGAGAUGUGCACUGACAAUGGCUAUGCAUAGAGGAUUUCCACCACACACCUUAUGCAGUGCGUAUUAUAUGAUUGAUUAUUGGAGAGCAGCGUAUGCGGAGACAAUAUUUCCUGUACCAAACGAAGUCGAGUGGGAAGUUCCCGACCACAUUCUCCCACUGAAUAACUUGUUGCCACCAGCAGUCGGACCACGUAAUUCUGGACGUACACGUACGUCUAGAAUACCAUCUACUGGAGAGUUUCCCCAACCUCGUAAGUGCGGUGCAACAUGGCAUACUAGAAGAUAUUGUACAAGUCAGAUUCCUCUGCAUGACAAUGUAACAGAUGUAUAA